AUGGCGGGAAGCGGGUCCCAUCCCGGGCCGGAGCGUCGGGAUGGGGCCCUGCUCCGGGAGGAGACCCGCAGGGUGCUCCAUGCCUUCCUGAAGAGGAGGCUGAGCCCGGGCCAGGCGGCCAAGCCGUGCCACUGGGGGCCCGCCGACCCCCACUCCCACUCACGGAGCCCGGGAGAGGAGGUCCAGAGGUCCAGCCCCCGGUCCCCAGAGGAGAAGGAUCUCGGCUUCCGGAAUCAAAUCCGGCGCCUCCUGGGGGGUAGGAAGGACCGGGACGGAGCCCCAACGGAGCCGGGAAGGCCUCCCGGCAGCGGCUUCUCUCUCCGCCAGCUGCUACCCUGGCAUCCGAAUGAUUCCCAACCUGAAUCACCAGGCCCCUCCAGGCCCGACUCCCUCCCUGUCGUCUCCUGCUACUGCCCAAAUUCUGCGGAGCCCGCCUUACCGUGUCUCCUGCCGUCCUUCCCCACUCCCACGGCCGGGAUCCCUGCUGAGGACCCGGCUUUCUACUCCCUGGUGGCGGAGAAGCUAGAGGCCAUAGUUCAGGAGCAACUGAGGUCUCCGUUGGCCACCUUGCCACCACCCGAGUCCUUCCCCUCAGAGAAAGAGGAGCUGCUCAGGCGGCUCGUGGCUCUGCUGGAGGAGCAGGCAGAUGUCAUCAACCAACAGCUCCAGGAGGACCCGGUAUUGCGCCGAGUGUUAGCACGCAUGUCCUUCGGCUCCUUCGCUCGCCUGGCAGAGCUGUUCUCCGCUCGUCACCUGCCGGGGGGUCCCUGUCCCGGGACCCCGGCCCCCCCAGUGCCCUCGGCCCCGCUGGCGGCCCCGGAGCCCCUGGCCCGCCUCGCCCUGACCAUGGAGCUGACGCACCGGGUGUCCGGGCUCGGGGGGCCAGCGGCCGGGGCCCUCAUGGGACACAGCCUGGACCAUCUGCACAGCUUCGGGCCCUGGCUGCAGCGGCGGGGGGGCUGGGAGAGCCUCGUCUCCCCCGUCGAUCUGACGCUGCCACUCGACUGAGGACUUCGUGGCUCAGGCCUGUCAACCCCCUUCGAGGCCCAGGGACGUCACCGUGUGGCUCAGUGGAUAGAGCCCGAGCUUGGGAGUCAGAGGUCAUGGGUUCAAAUC